AUGGCGACCAGCCCGCUGCCCGGCCCCACCGAUAUCUUGCUGCCGUCGCCGUCCAGCGCGUACCCGCCGGACCCCAUGAGCCAGCCGAGGGCCGGCCACGCCGCCAUGAAGCCCAACCAGGUGGGGCAGGUGAUCCUCUACGGCAUCCCCAUCGUCUCCCUGGUCAUCGACGGGCAGGAGCGGCUGUGCCUGGCGCAGAUCUCCAACACCCUCCUCAAAAACUUCAGCUACAACGAGAUCCACAACCGGCGGGUGGCCCUGGGCAUCACCUGCGUGCAGUGCACGCCGGUGCAGCUGGAGAUCCUGCGGCGGGCCGGGGCCAUGCCCAUCUCCUCCCGCCGCUGCGGCAUGAUCACCAAGAGGGAGGCAGAGCGGCUCUGCAAGUCCUUCUUGGGGGAGAACCGGCCCCCCAAACUGCCGGAUAACUUCGCCUUCGACGUGUCCCACGAGUGCGCCUGGGGAUGCCGCGGGAGCUUCAUCCCGGCCCGCUACAACAGCUCCCGGGCCAAGUGCAUCAAGUGCAGCUACUGCAGCAUGUACUUCUCGCCCAACAAGUUCAUCUUCCACUCCCACCGCACGCCCGACGCCAAGUACACCCAGCCCGACGCCGCCAACUUCAACUCCUGGCGCCGCCACCUGAAGCUGACCGACAAGAGCCCCCAGGAUGAGCUGGUCUUCGCCUGGGAGGACGUCAAGGCCAUGUUCAACGGCGGCAGCCGCAAGCGCGCCCUGCCGCCCGCCCCGCCGGCCCCCGCCUNNNNGGCCCCCGCCGCCGCCGCCCCGGCCGCCUGCCACCCGCUGGGCUCGGUGAAGGCGGCGGCGGUGGUGGGCGGCGGGCUGCUGAGCCCGCACCUGCUGGCCGCCCCGCCCGACCUGCACCAGAAGCGGCCGCGCUUCGAGGAGGACGAGGAGCUGCAGGAGGCGGUGGCGGCGGCGCACGGCGGCAAAAGCCCGCGGAGCUACCCCGUCAUCCCGGUGCCCAGCAAGGGCUCCUUCGGCGGCAUGCUCCAGAAGUUCCCCGGCUGCGGCGGGCUCUUCCCGCACCCCUACGGCUUCCCCGCCGCCGCCUUCGGGCUCUGCCACAAGAAGGAGGAGGGCGGCGGCGGCGAUGCCCUCGGCGGGGCGGCCGCGCACAAGGCCGGCGGGGCGGCGGCGGCGGCGGGCGGCGGGCUCUCGGGGCUCUUCUGGCCGGGCAGGAAGGACGCCGCCUUCUACCCUCCCUUCUGCAUGUUUUGGCCGCCGCGCACCCCGGGCGGGCUGCCGGUACCCACCUACCUGCAGCCGCCGCCGCAGCCCCCCGGCGCCCUGGGAUGCUCGCUGGGGGGGGACGGGGCGGGCCUGCUGCGCCAGGCUUUCCUGGACCUGUCGGAGCCCGGCGGCGAGGCGGGGCCCGAGCCCGCCUCGCCCGCCGCUUCCGACGGGGGCAGCGGCGGCGGGGGCGGGCGGGGGCCCCCGCACCACCCGCACCUGCUGGAGGCGGCGGGGGGGGGGGGGGGGGGGGGGGUGCUGGAGGCGGCGGGCGGGCGCAAGGCGAGCGGCGGGUACCACCACUCCAGCGCCUUCCGCCCGGUGGGCGGCAAGGAGGACUCGGAGAGCCUGGCCAAGCUGCACGGCGGCGGCGGCGGCCCCCCGCGCCCCGCCUCGCCGCUGCAGCUGCUGCUGCCGCCGCCGCCGCCGCCGCCCCCCGAGGACGCGGGGUGCGAGAGGCACCCGCACCCGCCGCACGCCGCGCACCGCCUCCUCUCCCCCGGGGGCACCAGCUGCAGCUUCGCCAGCGAAGAGAGCAGCGAGGAGGAGGAGGACGAGGAGGAGGAAGACGAGCCCGAGGUGGACGUCGAGGGGCACAAGCCCCCCGAGGAGGAGGAAGAGGAUGAGGAGGAGGAGGGCGAGGAAGAGCCCCGCGGAGGAGACCCCUUGGCGGCCGGCGGCCGCUUUCUGCCUGCCCGGGGUCUGCCGGAGAAGGGCGGCCGGGAGCGCCCCGCCGCAGGCCCCUUCUCCCGGGCGCCCGUCGAGGAGAAGCCGGGGGAUGGCCAAGCCCCAGCGCAGCCGCCGGGCGGGGCCCCGCGGGCGGGCAGCGGCGGCAGCAGCCCGGCACAUCACCCGGCGCCCGAGGAGCAGCCCCUCUACAAAGAUAAUCAGAAGAGCAAGGAGGGUAAUCAGGUCAUCUUGCCUACGAAAGAGGACACCUUCUCAGAUAAGAACAAGGAGCAUAAUUUUUUCAUCACAGAUUCAGAGCCUUCAGGAGGAGACUUCUGGAGAGAUAUAGCAGGAGAACACACACAAGAAACCAAUUCACCUCAUUCUCUGAAGAAGGAUGUGGAAAAUAUGGGGAAAGAGGAACUCCAGAAGGUUCUGUUUGAGCAGAUUGACCUACGGAGGAGGCUGGAACAGGAAUUCCAGGUGUUGAAAGGAAACGCGUCUUUCCCAGUCUUCAACAACUUUCAAGAUCAGAUGAAGCGGGAGCUGGCGUACAGAGAAGAAAUGGUGCAGCAGCUACAAAUCAUUCCCUAUGCAGCAAGCUUGAUCAGGAAAGAAAAGCUCGGUGCACACCUCAGCAAAAGCUAA